AUGCUCGGCGCGGUUGCAGUACGGGGGCCCAGUGGGUCGGCGGUGAACGCGAGCUCAGUAGCGUUCAGCCCCACUAGUUGCGAGGAAUUCGGGCAAGGCGCUCGCUUCGCUCCCCACGAUGUCGUCGACUCCCUGUGGAGGAUAUUUUACUUUUGGGCGGAGGGUAUGGAAAUUUCUACGAUAUUGUUCGCCCUGCCGUCGGUAAAGAAAGUGAACGAUUUCAAGAAUAUAGUUAAGGCUGUAGUUCCAGACAUUCAGGUUCAAUGGGAAAAUGCUGCAAUAUUUAUGGAACCGCGACUGGGAGUUCGUGUCUUGCUUAUGAACGUCGGUCACGAUGGAUCUUUUGUGGCGCUCGUCAAGAUCGAACAUUUGGAUGCAGACCGUUCGUUAAGGAGACCACACAUACAUCUAACAACAGUGCAAAUGAAGAUAGCGGGUCGCUACUUGGGUAUCGUUAACUGCAUCGAUCAUACUGCCUUUGCUUUGGCUAGGGUGGCCGAGAUGCCACAGACGCAGAACGAAUGUAAUGCAGCAGCUGCUAGCUUGGGAUUAGAUACGCGGAGCGGGAAAUCAUAUUUGUCUAUGGAGAAAGCUCACGUGAUUGAUGAACUU